CUGCAGACCGACGAGGCGAAGAAGGCCAUGGAGAAGGCGUUCCGGGAUGCCCAGCAGAAGGCCACGGGGUUCGGCCUGACGUGCGAGGUGCAGGUGCCGCAGGUCGUGGACGCGCUCCUCAAGCGGGACUUCCCCAAGGGGACGGCCGACCACCUCAGGGCUGGGGCUGACGAGGUCCUCGACAGGGUGAACGUCUUCAAGCGCACGGUGCUGACCCAGCAGCCUAAGGGGAAGCCGACGAUCAAGAUGUGCCAGGAUGCGGAGGAGCACGUGAAGACGGAGCUCGGUAAGCUGGUCGAGUCGUGGUCGAGCUUCGAGCGGCGCCUGCUCUGGAACGACAUGAAGAAGGUAGCCAACGCAGGCGAGGCGGCGGGGCCGCGUGUCGCGGCCUGA